AUGCGACCUGUUACUACUACGGAAGCGUUCGGCGAAGUCGCGAACGAUGGUGCUCGGCGAACGAGCACCCGCCGGCGGGUGAUCCCUCGAGAUCCGUUUACGGGCCUCCCGCCGACGCACGGAGGAUCGCAGCCAACCGAAUCGCGGCCCGCGGAGUCGCAGCCAGCACUUGUGAGCGCAGCGAUGGUUCGCGCAGCGCUGACUCGCUCCAUCACGCACGGCUGCGAGGAGCAGCUGAGAUCGUCCGCGGAGGAGACAAUGUGGGCUCCGCGAAUGCAGCACGGAUACGCCGGGAUUCAAAGCUCGCCAAGCGUUCAAAUUCCCCAACAGCCGCCACAGCAACAGCAACAGCAAGAGGACGAGGAGCAGCAGGAGGGAAGCGCAACGGAAGUUGCUGUGCUUGAGCGCGAACUUCAAACAUUUCGUGGUAACCAGAGGAAAAUGGCAGAUUCGCCUGCUGCUACUGUUAUCCCAGACUUCGCUGUUUGUUACGACAUUGACGAAGAUGUCAGCGACGCUGGCAACGUUUCGCGACGAAAGACCACAAUUUCAUUUCCCACACUUUUGCGCGAUUCAUGUGACAAGUAUUCUCCUGGCUGCUACGCACAAUUCCCACCGGAAAAUACAAUACCAACGUGCCUUAUCUGCUCCAACCGUUUACCUUUUUCCCGUGCAGCAUCUUCCUGGCAAACAGCACGAGCGUUCGACGAGAGCGGCCCCAAGGUGUGGCGGAAUGCCGUGGGCACCCAGCAGCAGCAAAAUGCUGGCACCGUCCAGCCGCAGCAGGACGCCGACGUCACCCAGCCGCAGCAGAAUGCCGACGUCACCCAGCCGCAGCAGAAUGCCGCAGGUGAAUGGCCGCGGCUGCUCGUAGAGCAACUGACUGACGGCGGCGACCAGCAGCAGCAGGAUUCCGGCGGCGACCAGCAGCAGCAGAAUUCCAGCGGCGACCAGCAGCAGCAGGAUUCCGCUGGUGCCGAGUCCGGCAAUACCGUGACGCCGAUUGCAAUUGACAACCGCGGAUACACCAAUACACCCAGCGUUGAAGCUGACCCCGCCAAAACCAACGAAAAGAAGUCCGGCGAAAGUUCCGCGGAGAUUGUCGUUCCCUUUGGCGCGAAAGCCGGCCCAGUAGCCGACGUCAACGCCGCUGGCGGGCUCAAAGUGACGGGCGGCAAUAACCAGCUGGAGAUGAAUCCAACCGGGAGUGCCGACGUCAGCUCUGAUGUGCUUAAGACCAAAGUUUCGGGGGAUGCAACGGGCUCGGCGAAAUUCAACCGUGAGGGUGUUACUACCGUGAACGUGGACGGAUCCGCGAAAACGAACGUGUUUGACGGCGUCGGAACGGGCGAGGCGAAGGCGAAGGGCAGCGCCGGCAUGACGAAAAACGGGGUCAACGCGGACGCUUCGGUUGGGGCGAAUGCUGACGUGGCAGGCGUGGGAGCGAAUGUGAAUGUCGGCGCUGGCGGCGAGUUCAGCAAGAAAGAAGUUAAAGCCAAAGCCGGGUUUGGAAUUGGCGGGAAGGUGAAGAACGUCGGGGGCGCAGAAACUAAUAUCGAAUCAACGGCUAAGGUUAGCCGCGACAAAGUUAACGCGAAGGCUGGGUUUGGAGUUGGCGCCAAUGUGGGAGGUAUCGCGGCCGGAGGUAAGGGUGAAUCGACGGCUGAGAUCAGCCGCAAAGGCGUGAAAGCAGGGGCGAAUGCGGGCGCUUCGGUGCAACUCGGCGACGUUUACUCGAGGAGCUUAGACGUGUCGGCUCAGGCGGAGCUGAAAGGGCUGGGAUUUACCCUGAAUGUGAAUCUUGUCGACCAGGCAAAAAUUUUGGGCGUGAGCGGAAAAAACGAAGCUACGACGACUUUGGUGCUGGGCGAUCCGAACACGAACGUCCCGCAGCUGGUGGUUCGGCUUAGCAAGGGGAUGAGCUGCGUCAACAUUCCCGACAAUUUCGCCCGUUCGGCGAAUUUCGUACAGGUGUCGUGGCGCAGUACGGUAACGACGAACGGAACGACGGAAGAAAUUGCGAAGGGGUGCAAAAAAAUUGUCGCGCAGCCGCAAAAGGGAUGCCAGGGGAAUCCGCUGGAUAAAUUCGAGUUCAACCCUUCGUCUGCCCGCAAGGCCAUGAGCAAGUUUUUCGGGUCAGUUUGUCAUAUACCCCCCUUCCAUCCCCCCUUCCACGCUCCGUGGAUGUAUCUUGCUUUGAAAGUGCGCUUUUCUACAAAAGUUUUAUGCACUAUGCUUCCCUCCCUCUCUCCCUUCCCUUCCCUCCCCCCUCCCUCUCCCCCUUCCCUUCCCCCUCCCUCUCCCCCUUCCCUUCCCCCUCCCUCUCCCCCUUCCCUUCCCCCUCCCCCCCCCCCCCUUCUCUUCCCCCUCCCGCUCCCCCUUCCCUUCUCCCUCCCUCCCCUCCUUCCCUUCCCCCUCCCUUCCCCCCUUCCCUUCCCCCUCCCUCUCCCCCUUCCCUUCCCCCUCCCCUCCCCCACCUUCCCCCUUCCCCUCCCCCCCCUUUCCCCUUCCCUUUCCCCCCCUUCUCGCUUCCGCUUCCCACCCUUCCCCUCCCACCCCUUCCCCACCUUCCCCCUUCCCCUUCCCUCUCUUCCCCCUUCCCCUUCUCACCCUUCCCCCUUCCCCUUCCCCCCGUUCCCCUUCCCCUUCCCCCUCUUCCCCCUUCUCGUUCCCCCUUACCCACCCUCUUUUCCUCCCACUCAGCCGUCUCUCCUUAUCUCCCAACCAAUCCCUCCCUGCGCUGCCCUAGAUUGGCACCCACACACCCCUUCUCUAGACUCACACUGA